AUGAGCGUCCCAUCUAUGCCAGCUACUAUGCCAACACAACCUCAAGAAGGUGUUCGAAUAGGUCGCCGUUCGUUGAAACAGAGCAUCAUAUCUCCAAACCAACCGACUGCGCCACGCCCAAGUAAUUUGAAUCAAACCACUGAAGUUCCACAAGCAUCAACUCCUCAACAACAACCUAAGUCUUCGACGCCAUCACUAAAUCCAAUAUCAAGCCCGACAUCGUCUUUCAAUAAAAUGGGCUCUGCGUCAUACAAUACGUCAUCAUACAAAAAAGGGACACACCAGUCAAGUAUUAAAGAAGGUGAAGGGAGCUAUACCGGAUCACACGACGGGUCUUCACACUUCUCUGGGACGACACAAAACCCGGGGAUUUACCCCAAAAUAGAACUGCAAAAAGUCGAGGACUUACUUGGAGCGUUGAACGACCAGAACAAAUAUUACUUUGAUAUGGCCGAAGACCCCAAAGUGGAGAAGGUCGAGUUCAAGGAAAAGUACUCUGAAAAUGACGGGAAGUGGCGGGAACAAAUUUAUAAGGACGUUCAAACGUAUCAACGAGUGAAAGAGACAGUUUACCCGUUACACCGAACGAUUGCGUUAGUGAAAGAACUUCAGCCUGGUGUUAAAAAGGUCAAGGAGAAGGUAACGAAGGAGAAUAUACUUGAGAUGAUCUUACAGCAUCUGCAUGUGAAGGGAUAUAACACGACACGAGGGGUCUUAGAGACGGAGAGUGGAGUGAAAACGCCGAAACACACGUUGAAUAAGUCUGUUUUGUUAUACACGUUAUUCAACGCAAUACACAACAGCGAACUUGUCUACGACCAAAUUGUCGAGGACAAACACUACUCGGCUCAGAGCGUGAAUGAACACUUCACAUCGAUUGGAUUGGCUGCUUUAACACAUGAAGCCGACGAUUCAACGAAAUUGUAUGAAGACCCCGAUGUCAAGAAUAUGAAGACCGUUGGCGAUGUUACACUUGAGGACACUAAUGACAAGAAUAUGAACUUGAACUCGAUUGUAUUCAGACUCACUGCUGUCGGCCCAAGAGCUGGAGUCUUUGUUAAGGCUGUUGGUAUGUUUUUGACGACGAUUACUACACCAGAAAAGUUCUUCUUGAAGCUGAUGGAGAGACUGGACGUCCCCGAAGACUUUGAACCGGAGAACGGAUGCGACAAAAACGUCUAUAAGUCAUCUGUCUCUUCUAAGGUAGCCGCAGUCAUUAAGACGUGGAUUGACUUGUACGCGAUUUACUAUGAGACCGAUGAGAAGAAGGCGCUUGUCCGAUUGAUGGAAGAGCACUCGAAAAUAGUUGAUGGAGCGGUGUUAAAUGUGAUGAAAGGACGAAUAGGGAUCUUAAAGAAGUCGAUAGAGGACGAUCACAAGACGAAGGGCUUCAACCCGAUGAUUAAAAAGAAUUGCAUAGUCUUCCCAUUGAAAAAGCCUGAGGAGAGCUCUGGGCAAACAAAACAGUUGCCGGACCAGAGUAAACUCAGUACGGAAUUAUUUAAACAGUUCUUCCCUAAAGUCCGCUUUUUGGAUAUCGACGAUGAUGUGAUAGUCAGUCAAUUUACUUAUAUGGAGGCGUUCAUCUUUUACCAAAUACGACCAAGUGAGUUCUUUGGUCAAGCAUGGGCUAAAGUGAAGUAUCGAUAUAAGGCACAACAUAUUCUUGAAUCAACACAGAUGUUUAACUUCAUCUCGUCGUUCUUUGUCAAUUUGUUCUUGAACACUACAGUGUUGGAAGAAAGAAUUGCAUUAGCGAAAAAGGUCUUGAGUAUCGCUAUUAAAGCACACGCUAUCAAAAACUACGAUUUACUCUAUUCACUUGUUGGAGCACUAGGAGACUCUGCAGUGCAUCGAAUGAAAAGAACAAUGGAGGCAGUCAAUCAAGACCCACUGUGGGGACAAUUCGAGAAACUCGGGAUGCUCUUCCAAAAGAAUUACUCCGGGUUUAGAGCGGAAGUGAAAGACAUCUAUUCAACUCCGUGUAUCCCAUUCAUUGGAACGUAUUUGACGGAUUAUACUUUCUUGGACGACGGAAAUCCCGAUAUGGUCGGUGAAAAAUUCAAUUUGGAUAAGAAGCUCCGACUGUAUGAAUGUAUUAACAACGUCGUCAGAUUCGAAGACACAAAGUACGACAUCGUCGCUAUCCCUCAAAUCAUUUGUUAUAUCAAUAAUUACUACUUCAGCGAUGGAAUACUCACAGACGAAAAACUCAAAUACGACAAAUCACUCAAGACCGAGCCAAGAGUCCCAAAACCAACAGCUCCUGUCGCUCAGUAA